ACAACUGUUUUCUAGUCUAUUCAAUCGAUUUGCUAAGUAGGCCCGUUUUAAGACCUUCGUUAAAUUGAGCGUGUCAUUUGUCAUUUUGGCAAAUCAAUCGACAAUUUUUCUAUAAAAACGUUGGGUAGGCCUCAGUGGUUCAUGAGUUCUUACUGGAGUUUCGCAGAGCCAAAUUCAAACUAAGACUAGAUCCAAUAAACAGCUGCCUCAACAUGCAUAGAAUGUUGCUCUACACCUUGGUUAUCGUUGCCCUUGCUUUGGUUCAGGCCUGCCAAAUCCAUCAUAAUCUGACAUUUCCUGCUGCGCGCAAAGUUUCCGACUGUUCUGGCCACCACCUCAGAUUUCUCAAUCGUAGUUUGACAAGGGACCUGCCCACAUUAACCUCAGGCAAUUCGAUGUCUUCUUGGCCUGAACUUUGCUAUUAUGGCAAGCCUUUUACGUUGGGCCACUAGCCAUGCAUUGUUGUUGCUUUUGUUAUUGCUUAAAUAAAUUGUUAUAAAUUAUUUACCACAUCAAAAAAGUUGCGAAAGAUUUCUGAUU